AAACACCCACUAAAACCUCGAAGUGCUUUUCAUUUAGGAGACACAGGGGAGGGAGAAAGGGCAAGAGAGGAUCCUCCUGCAGCUCAGAGCUGCCUGUUCAUCCUGCCACCUGCCUUCACUUCUGCCCGGGACCCUGCUCUUUGAGGAAAACGCCUUUAAUUUUCACACUGAUUAACCCCAAGUGAAAAAUCUGAAGAGAUGCAAGCUGGAGAAAGAACUUAAACCAGGCGUGCGAAACGAUGCAACAGGCGUGAUGGAGGUCGAGUCCUCCUACUCUGACUUCAUCUCCUGCGACCGCACAGGCCGCCGGAAUGCGGUACCCGACAUCCAGGGUGACUCUGAGGCUGUGAGCGUGAGGAAGUUGGCUGGAGACAUGGGCGAGCUGGCCCUCGAGGGGACAGCAGGACAGGGGGAGGCCAACACCCCCGACAAGGAGGCCAGCAGCCCGCCCGAGAGCAGCGACAGCGCCACUUCAUCCUGAGCCUGACAUUGCCCAAGGCGGCUGGAAGAGAGGAUUGCCCCUUCCUGGACUGGGGCCCUGGCCCAGCAGCCUCUUCUCUGAGCCCCAUGCCCCAGGCCAGACCGAGGGACCUCCGUGGCCCCUCCUCAGGACAGCCCUCUGUCGGCACCCACCACCUCUUCCCCCAGCCCAGGUACGCUCCCCCAGGUACCGCAACCAUGGGAUGGCAUGUAGUCGGUGGGCACCCUGCUCAGGGGCUUGGCCUGCCCCCCAGGGUGGCUUGAGGAGGGACCUCAUCCCAGCAGCCCCCUCUCCGGCUCGAAUCUUCCAGGUCAAUGCCUUCUUGUCCCUUUUUUAAACACUUUUAACCUUUUUAAAAACAGUAAGCCUUUUUUCAGCAGAGCGGGCAGGAACUGACAAUCGAGUCACUUUUUAAAAUCCCCUUUAAGCUAAACUGCCGUCCCCGGGAGCCUCACAAGGCCAUUUUCAGGGAGGGGAUUUUGGCUGAAAACCCUCCAACUGGCUGAUCACCCCCUACCCUGUCAGCAAUGCCGAGGCCCCAGGAAAUAAACGCUCUUGAUGUGU